AUGUCCGAUAAUAAUGGGCUUCUGAAUCACAUAAGAAUACUCCAAGCAAUGGUGACUGGAGCUCUACAGUCUGAGGUUUCCAUUUAUUACCUCAACUCAUGGCCUGUGCAUCCCCACAGAACAGCCACCUCUCUGCUGAUAGUCUGUGACUUCCCCCCGUCGCUGCACAAUGUCACGUCAAAGCUGCAUCUGCUGCUCAAGCACAUACAGGAGGUGUCAUCUGUAACUGUGCGAGAUGUAGACGAGUGUGCACACGCCGCCCUCCGCCUGUGCUCCCUUCAGGCGCACUGCAACAACACAGUGGGCUCCUAUCAGUGUGUCUGCCACCAAGGAUACGCUGACGUCGAUCCAAGCAACCCCGGAGCCAACUGUACAGCUGACGUCGGGGAGUCGUGCAUCACGGAGCCCCCGCUGACCUCCACGACCUUCAGCCCGGCUCCCAACGCCACACAGGAGCCUCCGGGCGGCGGCAUCGCGGGUGUCGUCAACUCCUCUGAGAGCAGCGUGACAGCAGCUCUGAGUAACACAACCUCUGUCCCGUACAAUUCAUCAUAUGCUCUGCCGUGGACCAGCUCUCCACCUAACAGCAGCGUGAGCUCAACUGAGGACUCGCUCCUGCCAACAACGACGUGCCCUCCUCCCAGCAUCAGCAGCUUACUGGCGGCUAAUGUCACCGGAACCUCCUUCUCUGUCUGCUGGACCGCCCAGUUUCAGACAAACCAGACUUACAAGGUGGUUCUAAGCAAGGGGUCAGAGGUCAUUCUUUCUCGGGAAAUCUGGCAAACCAUGACGGAGGUGAAGGAACUGCAGCCUGGGAUCCUGUACGAUGUUUCCGUCACUCCCUGUGCCUGUGGAAGUGAAGGAGUCGCCCUUCGUAUCUCGGUCAAAACCAAUGCUCAGACUCUUGACGCCACAGCGCGACUUACCAACAUCCAGUUCACUGCUGACCUGCAGAACGCCAGCAGCCAGGCCUACAAAAACCUCACUGCAGCCAUUUUAGCAGAGAUCUAUCAGUCUUUGUCUCCAGAGAUGAGGCACCUGGUGGAUUCGGGUCAGGUGCAGAUCGAGAUCAGAGGCUUUUCCCCUGGCAGCGUGGUGGUCAACUUCACCAUGACAUUCGCCACCAAUCAAAGCCAAGACGUAAGGAAUGUGUCCACAGCGCUGCUGCAUUCUCUGAUGAACAGCUCCAAGUACACUGUGGAUGAAAACAACACAAGCAUUAGUGAUUUUGAUGAAUGUGCUUCAGGGGAAAAUGACUGCUCCCAAUGGGCAACAUGUAAUAACACUUGGGCCUCCUACAAGUGUGUUUGUCAGGAUGGAUUUAUAGACAACAAUCCAGAACGGCCUGGACGAGCCUGUCAAGCAAUUGCAACCUCGGAGACAACGACACCGAUACUGACAACAGCAGCAUUUUCUACAGCCUCUCCUGUCUCUCAGACAACACCUUCAACCAGUGGUGCAGCUGUAACCACUGCAGUUACCCCAGGAACAACCACCGUCAUCAUACCAACAAGUGAAAUGGUUUCAACCAGUGCUCAAGAUACCACGACUUCCACCAGUACAAACGUCACUUCUUCACCAACAAAAGCCACUACUCCCCCAGCAACUACCACUAUUCCCCAAACAACCAUCACUAGUAUUCCAACAACUUCUUCUGCCCCAACAAGUGUUCAUGCCCCUGUGACUGUCAGUACAGCCCCAACAACUACCACUAGUGCCCCAACAACCACUACCACCCCAAAAACCACCACGAUUGCCAUCUCUAUGCAAGGGUCCCUCUCAGUCCAGUGCAGAGUCGCUGCCAUCACUGUGACAAUAGCCAAGGACUUUCUUCUAAGUGCUAAGAUACAGGAGAGCGCCCUGUACUUGGGCUUGCGGCCAUGUGGCGUGAAUGGAGGCAAUGAUACCCAUGUCCAGCUGACCGUAGGAUGGAAUGAGUGUGCCACUGUGCUUGUGCAUAACGAGACCUACUACACAGCAUCUGUCACCCUGUUCAACACCAUGGAUCCGUACACCUCACGGAUUGGAGCAGUGGAGGCGCCCACGGUGCUGCUGAAAGUCCCCAUCAUGUGCACCUACAUGAAGAGCAUGCUUAUCUCUGCAGACUUCGGCUCCAUGGGGUAUGACAUGAUCAAAGACGUCAUCGUGGGCCUGGGGUCGUUCCAGGUGACGGUGCAGCUGAUGAACGGCUCAGUGCCUCUGCCCCACAACUAUAGCCUGUCCCCAGAGCAGGCGGUGGUGGUGGAGGUCAGACUCAACACCUCCUCGGAGCAGCUUAAAGUAGUCAUCAACAAGUGCUGGGCCACUCCCACCCAAAGCCCCGCAGACGCCUACAGCCAAGCCUUCCUGGAGAACAGCUGCUCCCUGAACUCGUACACCAAAGUGCUGAUGAACGGGAACUCCAGCACAUCUCGUGUGUCCGUUCAGAUCUUCUCCAUCGUCAAGCUGAACGUGAUCUACCUGCACUGCCAGGUCCAGAUCUGCAUCCAGAUCGGGUCAGACACCUGUGUGCCUGACUGUCUACAGAGAACAGCUCGGUCGGCCAAAACAAUUGGAACGGCGUUCGGUUCUUUCGGGCCUGUGCUUAUGUCAGAGGAAGAGUCCGUGGAGGAGGAAAGCAGCAUCCUCCACGUCGUCGGCCUCGCCUGCCUUGGAGUCGGCCUGUCGAUCUUCUUCAUCGUCGGCUUCGUCUGCCUCUUCUACUACCAGAGGAACCGCAUUGGACACUACAAUUUCAGCGUCAAGCCCAAGCAAGAGAACUUCACCUACUUAGUCUUUAACACCUGAGGGUGCAGUCACACGGUUAGACAGCAUAGAACACCUUGUUGCUAUUACAGCACAAAUACCACUAGGUGUCACUGUUGCACCGUUCAAAUUAAAACUCAACAAACACUCUGCACAUCUUUGCACAAGUACAGAUUAUAUUUACAUCUCAUCUGCCCCCUCUAUAAAUAUACAUUUAGGAUAUUACAAUGAUAGGCUAGCACGGCAUGACAUCCCGCUACGUGGCUCACAUCAGAAUUUGCAAUGUGAUGAGUAAUCUGUAAAUACAUUGUUAUGAUCAUGUAGUCAAAUAGGCUUGAAAUACAUCAUUUGUAAAACUGCACAGUUAUCACUUUAUUGUAUUUUAGCUGCUAUUUCUUCUAGAAUCUGCCUAUGUCCUGAAUAAGCAGUAACAGAAGUGAGUACGCCCUCGUCGUGCAAUAUCACAGAUUUAAAAUGAUUCUAAACCGUGUCGUUGUAAGUUGAACAGAAGCACGUUUUAAAACCACAGGAGCAGCUCAGUGCAACAGAAGUCAGUACGCGUUUCAUUACUGAGGUUCAAAUCGUUUAUUUUUGUGAUAUUUCAAAUGUCCUCCUUUAUCUGUGAUGACAGACUCAGUCCUGCUCAGCACAGACGAUAUGUUGGUGCAUUAAUUUCUGGAUGGAUGUUCU